UUUGCGCCAUUGGUCGAUCUUCCGGGCCGUGAUGGCGGCGCUGCGUGUGCGCACUCGCUCCGAGCCCGCCUCCGGGGAGGGGGAGUUCGAGGACCCGGGCUAGGGAAGGCAGAUCCUCCUUCGCCCGGGUGAAAGGGCGGUGACGGCGCUGGGCGGGGCCGAGCUCCAGGGCUGGCUGCUCGGCUGCUAAGGGAACUGUGAGCCGUUCGGUGCCGCGCGCCUCUCGGGCGGGGCGGGGCCGGCCGAGGGAGUCCGCGCGUGCCCGCGCUGAGCUGCCAGCUCUGGCUACUGCGCUGCUCGCUCGCGGCGACGUCGGGCAGGUUUUUCCAGGAUGACCGAGCUGAGGCAGAGGGUGGCCCACGAGCCGGAUGCGCCGCCCGAGGACAAGGAGUCAGAGUCAGAAGCAAAGGUAGAUGGAGAGACUGCGUCGGACAGUGAGAGCCGGACAGAAUCAGCUCCCCUGCCAGUCUCUGCAGAUGAUACCCCGGAGGUCCUCAAUAGGGCCCUUUCCAACUUGUCUUCAAGAUGGAAGAACUGGUGGGUGAGAGGCAUUCUGACUAUGGCCAUGAUUGCAUUUUUCUUCAUCAUCAUUUACCUGGGACCAAUGGUUUUAAUGAUAAUCGUGAUGUGUGUUCAGAUUAAGUGUUUCCAUGAGAUAAUCACUAUUGGCUACAACGUCUACCACUCCUAUGACCUGCCCUGGUUCAGGACCCUCAGCUGGUACUUCCUCCUGUGUGUAAACUAUUUCUUCUAUGGUGAGACAGUGACAGAUUACUUCUUCACCCUGGUCCAGAGAGAAGAGCCUUUGCGGAUUCUCAGUAAAUACCACCGGUUCAUUUCCUUUACUCUCUAUCUAAUAGGAUUCUGCAUGUUUGUACUGAGUCUGGUCAAGAAGCAUUAUCGACUGCAGUUCUACAUGUUUGGCUGGACCCAUGUGACGUUACUUAUUGUUGUAACACAGUCACAUCUUGUGAUCCACAACCUAUUUGAAGGAAUGAUCUGGUUCAUUGUCCCCAUAUCUUGUGUGAUCUGUAAUGACAUCAUGGCCUAUAUGUUUGGCUUUUUCUUUGGUCGGACCCCACUCAUCAAGCUCUCCCCGAAGAAGACCUGGGAAGGCUUCAUUGGGGGCUUCUUUGCUACUGUGGUGUUUGGCCUUCUGCUGUCCUACGUGAUGUCUGGGUACAGAUGCUUUGUCUGCCCUGUGGAGUACAACAAUGACACCAACAGCUUCACUGUGGACUGUGAGCCCUCAGACCUGUUUCGCCUGCAGGAGUACAACAUUCCUGGGGUGAUCCAGUCAGUCAUUGGCUGGAAAACGGUCCGGAUGUACCCCUUCCAGAUUCACAGCAUCGCCCUCUCUACCUUUGCCUCGCUCAUUGGCCCCUUUGGAGGAUUCUUCGCAAGUGGAUUCAAGCGAGCAUUUAAAAUCAAAGACUUUGCCAAUACCAUUCCUGGCCAUGGAGGGAUCAUGGAUCGCUUUGACUGCCAGUAUCUGAUGGCCACCUUUGUCAAUGUAUACAUCGCCAGUUUUAUCAGAGGCCCUAACCCAAGCAAACUGAUUCAGCAGUUCCUGACCUUACGGCCAGAUCAGCAGCUCCACAUCUUCAACACGCUGCAGUCUCAUCUGAUCGACAAGGGGAUGCUGACAUCUGCCACAGAGGAUGAGUAGGGGCCACCCAGGGCCAGGAGAACAGGAACGGAACUGAGCAGGGGCAGGUCUCCAAGACAAGCCCAGCUGGUGUGAUUUAGACAAUGACAAGGCUUCAACUCACUGUCUUUUUUUUUUUUUUGUAGGUUGUUUUUUAUUUGUGGGUUCAAAAAAUCUGUAUAUACAGUCUAUGUGUUUAGAAUUUACGUUGUAAGUAAACUAUAGCUUUGAGUUGGAAAGAAGUCAUCGGGGUAAAACCUUUUUUUUUAAACAGAAGUAUUAAUAAUCUGGAAGACAGUGUUGCCCAGGUCAGGAGUGUUUUUGUGGUAGUUCCAGCCACAAUCAAUUGAAUUGUUUCUGGGCUCAGUCAUAUACAGACACUCAUCUGUGUCCGACCAAAUCAGGGGGCUUCUCUACCUGUGUGGGGAGGCACAGCUUGGAUGUCUUGUACACCUGGUCUUUUCUAGAAAUCCCUCCUUGGAGCUGCAGGAGAGUUGCCUUCUGUAGGUUGGAGGAACAAAGGCUUACUAACCAGAUAAGCCUUCUAUCCACACCAAAAUCAUGCAGAAUAUAACUAAGCUCUGCUUUAUAAGAUGGUUUCACCUUCAUCGCAGGCUGAAAGUUUCAGUUUUUAUUUUUUUCAGAAAGCACGAAAAAUUAUUUAUAAUAGUCUGGAGGAAAAAACACACUGUAAUAUUUCAAGUAUAUGCGGUAGAAUGUACUGUAACUGAGCCCUUUCUCACAUGUCUAGGCUCCAGUGUCUCAAGUCGACCUAACUGUGUCUUUUCAGGGAUGAUGCCAUCCACGUUUGUGCUGUAGACUUGCUGCUGCUGAAUCCUUUCUGGGGACUUUCCCAUUGGGCAGGGAGCAGAGGGCUUCUCGUUCAUGCACCCUUUGCCUGAACACCCAUGUAGCUGCUGUGUAUGUAUGUAUUACUCUUUAGAGGAGUGUGUGUGUCUGUGCUUGUUUUAAAAGUCACUUAUUUUUUACAGUGAUUUCAGUUGUACCAUGACUUCUUCACUGAAACCACAAAGGCCUGCUUAAAACUAUGGAAAAGCUAACCUGAUUAGAGGCUUGACUAUUUUGAAGAUUAAAUGCAUACUUUUAAUAUAAUGUGACCAAUUUAAAUGUAGUUUGUAUUUUACUGUGGGACCUUUUGUUGUUGUUUGCUAAAACUGUGAUUUUUUUUUCCCCCUCCCUAAUUUCAGGGGUGAGAUUGACUUUGGGAAGACAGAUUACUUCUUUGUCAGGCCAACAAGCAAUGGAGUGUGGGAGAGAGAACUUGGUGCCUAAACAUAUUAAAUUAUUCUGUGCCAUGGAUGUUUUCAUUGCCAAUGAGGGUACAAUUACUUGUUUCAGCACCUUGGUCUAGUGCUGGUUUGUGGUGGGUUUGUUUGUAAAUUGGCCUCACCACCUUCCUGAUAGCACACAGUCAGCCCAGGUCUCUGGAGUCUCCAGCAGAGGAUAGAGCCCCGGGAUGUUUCAGCUCACAUACCCUUGAAUGACCUCCCACAUGCAUGCAGGGCUGAAGCAGCUUCUUUCCUCUGAACUUGUAUUUCCAUUUCAGCCUUGUGACUUUUCUUAUUCAGGUCCAAGGCUCCUUAAAAACAAAAUAUAUUAUUGCAAGGGGUUUCAUUUCAGUACUCACUGUGUGACCCCAGGUGGGAUACAUCACUCUCAAGGGCCUCUUUUUCAGAGCUACUCCCAAUUCCACUCUUUUGCGAUUUUAGCUGAGCAAGUUCAUGCUACUAGAGGCUCACUGAGUGAGGUCCUGGGCAUCCCCAAACGGGUAGUGCUUUCAGGCCCUUACAUGCUUAUCCUCAAGGUGAAUAGGUAUCUCAGCAGCACACCUGAACAGUGAAGGUGAUCGAUAAUGAAACUGUAGUUUUCAGAUUGAAGAAUGAACCUGGAUCACCAAACUAGAUACCGAAAGGGUUCCUUAUUUGUCUCUUUUGUCCAAUUGUGGGCAUAUGGUGGGUUCCUUGAGAGGAGGGAGUCUCAGUUGGGGCCCUGGCUUCAGAGAGCUGCUCUUGAAUAGGGCUGCCUCUGGUAUCAGGGAGCUGAGCGUACCAGGCAAGGCUCAUGUUCCUUUGUGGAAGUGGUCACUGGGUAGGGGGUGGGGUACGGAAGGUGGUACCUAGGAGGCCAAAGCUGGGUGCUCACUAGAGCUGCUAGCAGGCAGGCCAGAGGGUCAGCUUGUGUUUUAUUUUCUGAUUUCCCCUGCAUGCUUUCUGGAGAUGAGGAAUUUUCAUCAGUUAGCUAGGAGAGUGUCGCCACCUUGUGUCCAUAUAUAGCACAUUUUGCCUUUUCACGGAAAGAUUCAAGAAACUAUUUUACGUAUAUACAUUCAGAUCUUACUGAAUGGCAUCACUUGCUUUAGACCCAUUUUUUUUUUCUUUUUUUGGUCGGAAAUAAAAUGUGACU